UGCAGCCUGCAAAUAAGAACAGAUAGACUUUACAUGUGUUAUGUGAGGCAGUGUAACUAAUCCACCCACAGGUAAACGAGUCACUAUGCAUUGCUAAUGAGAGGGAGAAAAAGAUUUUCAUGGAAGAUUUGUCAAGUCCUCUGAAGACUGUCGGCGAAAGAGUCUCUGCUGCUGCAGAACAGCUAAACCUGGAACUGCACAACAAAAUAUUCUGACAAACGAAUGUACUAAAAUGCCCUCAUAAUUUUGAUUGCUGGUUUCAAUAGGACGCAGCCCUGAAAUGAACAUAAAGAGGAGCUUAAAAUUAAUGAUUCCUUGGAUCGUAGUAUUAUUCUGCCAACUGCUUCUUUUUCAAGGAUUUAACUGCCAGUCUACAGAUCCACAAAGUAGAACACAAAGGAAAAGGUUUAAUGCACUUCGGCAGAAACGAGAUCUCUUCGGAGAAGGGACGAUAAGGCCACUGCUGUCUGAACCUGCCCAGCAAAGAAGCAUCAUUCAUAACCGGUCUCUGGCUCGCGACGCACCGUCAGAAUCCUGCAGUUGCCUGAAUGGAGGCUGGUGCAUGAGUGGUGGUCUUUGCGAAUGCAGCCAGUUCCAGGCUCUAGGGGACCGUUGUCAGAUCAUCCCCAACAAUGGAGAGGACAGGGAUGGCAUCUGCAGAUCAUGGGGACAAUACCACUUUGAAACGUUUGAUGGCAUUUACUAUUACUUUCCAGGAAGAUGUUCAUACAUUCUUGCCAAAGACUGCCACACGACAGAACCGCAGUACACGAUAUGGGUUCAUAACAGCCGGCACUGUGAAGACUCAGUGUACUCCUGUCUCAGAUCUCUCAGCCUGUACUUCCCCAACGAGGAGGAGAUCCAAAUUACCGGCUAUGAAGUCAAGAAAGGUGGCAUCAGGCUGACAUUACCCCAGACCAUUCGAAAUGUGUUCAUUGAGAGACUGGCCGACUACAUCCUGGUAAAAAGCACCUUUGGGUUUUCCUUGGCCUGGGAUGGGGGCUCUGGAGUGUAUAUCAAAAUGACAGAGGAGCACAAAGGCAGGCCUUGUGGGCUCUGUGGAAACUACAAUGAUGAGGGAACAGAUGAUCUCACCACCAGCUACAGUGUGCUGACAGAAGACAUUGCCCAAUUUGGAAAUAGCUGGGCUGUGGAACUGCCGCAUGACAAUCACUGUGAAACCGUCGAAGAAGAUUUUCCUAGUCCUUGCAAAAGGGAGUCUGAUAUGGAAGAUGCUUCUGAGAAGUGCAGUGCCCUCCUGUUUUUCCCCUUCCUCUCCUGUCAUGACAACAUUGAUCCCAACCCCUAUGUCGCCAGCUGUGUCAGUGACCUGUGUGUGUCAGAUGAUGACGACACAAUCUGUCGAGCUCUAACAGAAUAUGCCAGGGCCUGUUCCCAUGUGGGCUAUCCUGUGCGCGAAUGGAGGGAGAACUUCCCUGCUUGCACGGAUGGUUGUGAGGAUAGUUUCGUUCACCGAGACUGUAUCAGUUGCUGUCCGCCUACCUGCACAUUUGAGACGGAAUGCCUGGGAAGCAAUCUGCACUGUCUGGAUGGCUGUUACUGCCCUGAUGGUCUUGUUUUGGAGAAUGGGACGUGCAUCUCAGUAGCAAAUUGCCCCUGUGUGUAUCAUGGUACUGCUUACCCUCUUGGACAUAUUUUGGAACAGGGCUGCAGCACAUGCAUUUGCAGUGGCGGUGUAUGGAACUGCACAGAGAACAAUUGCACAGCGGAGUGCUCAGUCACAGGUGACUCUCAUGUAACCUCCUUUGAUGGGCGGAUCUUCAUGCUUCACGGUAGCUGUCAGUAUGUCCUGGUGAAGAGCUGGAGAACCUCCAAGUUCACUCUGACAUUACAGAACAUGCCCUGCGGUGAGUCUCUGGAAUACUCUUGCAUACAGUCUAUAACACUGGUGGUAGAUGAAGAUGUGAACAGGCAAGUGACUCUCACCAGAGAAGGCGAGAUUCUAGUUGGAGUUAAUCAGGCUGCAAACCUGCCCUACUCCGAUGAUACCAUCGAGAUACGGAAGUUGACCGCCCUGUUCACACAGCUGAAGACUAGCUUUGGGUUACGGAUCCAGUUUGACAGGAGUGGGGGGAGGCUGUACGUGGUGCUUGACAGUAGCUGGAAGGGUGGGACAGUGGGUCUGUGCGGCACCUUCAAUGGGAAUUUAAGAGAUGAUUUCCUAUCACCAUCGGGAAUGAUUGAGGGUACUCCUCAACUUCACAUCAAUGCAUGGAAGGUCUCGUCUGCUUGUACAAGCCCAGUUAAUAUUCCCAUCAUUGAUCCUUGUGAAAUGAACCAGCAAAAUGUUUUCUAUGCCUCGCAGUGUGACUUCAUCAACGAAGACCUGUUCGCCCCAUGUCACUCCUACGUCAGUCCCAGCAUCUAUUUCCAGCAGUGCCGAUUCCAAGCCUGCAGAUGUGGGAGUAACUGCCUGUGCACUGCUCUUGCACACUAUGCGUAUGUCUGUGCCAAGCACAAGGUUGUCAUCAAAUUUAGAGCACACGUCUCUGAAUGUGGUAUGGUGUGCCUGGGUGGAAUGCAGUAUCACACCUGCACGUCGACUUGUGGAAAGACAUGCCAGUCCCUCUCUAGCGAUGACCACUGUGAUGAAGACUGCGCAGAGGGCUGCAACUGCUCUGAAGGGGCAUACUACGAUGACAUCCGGCAGCGCUGUGUCACAGUUUCCCAAUGCCACUGCUACUUCAUGGGCUCCGUGUACCAGCCUGGAGAAGUUUCUUUCAGUGCAUCCGGCCCCUGCCUCUGCAGAAAUGGCCGGAUGGAAUGUGCACCUCAAGAACCGGAUCCGGAGCCAGGAGAGUGUCCUCCAGGAAAGACAUAUUUCAACUGCAGGGAGCACCAGCCUGGACAGCCCCGCACUGGCAUCGCAUGCGAACUGACGUGUCGCAACCUGAUGAUGAACCUCACCUGCCCGCCCAUGACACCCUGUGUGCCAGGCUGCGGGUGUCCACCAGGGUUGGUGAGGCACAAACAAGAGUGCUAUUUUCCAGAAAAUUGUCCGUGUGCCUGGCUAGGACAAGAGUAUUUACCAGGAGAAAUAGUGGCCACACCUUGUUAUAAAUGUGUUUGCCAUCGAGGGUAUUUUAACUGCACCUACUAUCCCUGCCCAUCAGUUUGCACUGUUUACAGUGACCGCCAUUACCACACUUUUGAUGGGCUGGAAUAUGAUUAUGUCAGCGAUUGCCAGGUCUAUUUAGUGAAGAGUAUCAAUGGCACAGAAGUCUCCAUAACAACUCAAAAUAAGGAUUGCUAUGAAAGCAGAAUAAUUUGUAUGAAAUACCUGGUGAUUUAUGUUGGACUCACAAAGAUCUAUUUCAGUGACAACUCAGGAAAACCGAGCUCAUCUACUGUAAUUGGGAAAGGUUAUGAGUUUCAGUUGUGGAAAGCUGGCUACUACUUAGUGGUUCACUUCCCAAAACAGGAGAUCACCAUCCUGUGGGACAAGAAGACCACAGUACACAUUCAGGCAGGACCUCAGUGGAAGGGUCUGCUGACUGGGAUGUGUGGUAAUUUUGACAAAAUAACAGUAAAUGACAUGACUACAUCCAAUAACAUGGAGGUGAGCAAUGCUCAGGCUUUUGGAGACAGCUGGGCCCUUGGACAGUGUGCGAGUGAAUUUGUUGUGAAGAGACCAUGCGAAGGAGACCUGAGCAGGCAGCCAUAUGCCAAAAGAGAAUGUGCAGUUUUAUACAGUGACGUAUUUGCAGCCUGUCACAAUGUGGUUGAUGUGACAUGGUUCUACAAAAACUGCCUGACUGACACCUGUAACUGUAACCGGGGUGGAGACUGUGAGUGUCUGUGCACCAGCAUAGCUGCCUAUGCUCAUAAGUGCUGUCAGCGGGGGGUAGCUGUUCAUUGGAGGUCUCCUACUGUGUGCUCCUUUGACUGUGAAUAUUACAACCAAGAGCUUGGUGAAGGACCUUAUAUUUUAUUUAAUUCUGCAUACAAUGAUACGGUUUUUGGGGCCAACUUGACCAGUGGUGAAGUUUUUCCAUUGCCUAAAAUAAGUGCUGAAGGCUCAGUUCUGUUUAACUUCAUGAUAACUGCAGGACUUUAUAAGGACAGAUUUUCACGUCUCCCCAUUGUCUCGUUUGAAUCUGCCGAGAGACCGAACUACUUCCUGUGCAUCUCGGAGAGCAGGACUUUGCGGCUGGAGCAGUGGAGCGCUGGUGAGGAGUUCCGACGGAGAGCCACUUUCUUCCACCACCAAGGCCUGUGGCUCCCAGGCUACAGCUCCUUCGAGCUCUACAGUGAGAAAGGCUUCUUUCUCACUCUCACCCGGACAGAAAUAAGAGCAGUGGGUUAUGACUAUGCUGAGGAGUUCAAACAUAUUAGCAGCUUUACAGUCGAAGAGAGCAGUUUUGUUAUUCCAUACAGGAUGAUGUGUGAGUGGAAGUACCACCCCUGUGCCAGUCCUUGUGUUAAAACAUGCAGUGAUCCUGAUGCUGCCAGUUGCAGUUUUCUUCCCCCGGUAGAAGGCUGCUUUCCACGGUGUCCUAAGAGCAUGAUCUUUGAUGAGGUAACAAGAAGAUGUGUGUACCCCGAAGAUUGCAUUAUUUUACCCCCAACGCCAACCCCUUACAUGUUUGUGACAAGAUCCAACAGAACUACAGCUGCUUCAGCCACAACAUCAGCUGCCACCACUGAGCCAAGCACUCCGGCUAGAACAGACCACCUGACAAAUAUGACAUCAUCCACUGAGCACAUUGCAACUGACGAACCCACCACUGUGGGCACCAUUCCAGUUCCUGCAACUCCUCUGUCGCCGCUGACCACUCUGUCUACUUUGCCGCCAGCCCCCAGCACACCGAGUGUUCAGACUUCUGCUCGGACUGAACCCGCUUAUACCAUUCCUUUCCUUACCACGACUGCUCUCCCAACACUGGCCACUGGACAAACCACAGAAACUACUGAAAAGACCACAGAAGUGACGACAGCUUCUUUGGCACCAGUGACCACAGCCACAAGUCAAGUACUUAGUACUUUGCCAGCUACAUCCAUGACCACGUUGACAGUCACAUAUACAACUUCACAGGCCUUAUCUACCUUUUCCACUGAAGCACCAUCAACAGCUCACCCUGCCCUUAGUGCUGAAGCAACCACAACAAAGAUUUUGGGGGCAACUACUACACGUCUGCCAUCUCCCUUUACCUAUGGAGGCCCUGAGAAUGUUACAGAAACCUCUGCUCUUACAAAGGAAGCUUUGACUCCUACCACAAUGGCCUUGCCUUCAUCCACUGAGCCAAGAUCUACUCCUCCUAUUAUCACAGUACAUCAGAUAUCUACUGGGGACACAGGAUCUACAUCAGAGCCUUUGACUCCAACCCUAGUGUCAACUACUGUUCAAACAAUACAGACUACCUCAGCUACUUCACCUACUGCCGUAACUGAAACUAAAUUACCACUGGCUUCCACAAGCCCUUUGACCACUGCUGAAUCCACCCAGUCCCCACUGAACGUUACUGCAGCUGCAGAGACUGAGGCAGCUACUCACGAUAUUGUGACAACUACACCACGGUUCAUGAGCACUGAAUACUCAGCUACCUCAGCACCUGACUUAGCCAGCCUUGGGACAGUGAUACCUUCAGUGCUGCAGCCAACAUCAACAUGCACUCCUCCAUAUUCUUACCGUGUGGACGAAUGCAGUGAAUAUAUCUGUUUCAACGGGCACUUGAUGUUCCAUAAUGCCUCUAUGCACUGCCGAAACAAUGUAUCUCAGCCAAACUGUGGGCUCCUGGGAAUGCCAGUUCAGGUCAACAAGGAUUACUGCUGCCCUCAGUGGGAAUGCCCUUGCCGCUGUUCCAUCAUAUCAGAUCUUCGUGUCAUUACAUUUGAUGGCAAUAAUGUUGCCCUUUAUGACAAUGGGUCUUACAUAUUGGUUCACCUUCCCAGAGAAAAUAUUGUGGCUCAUAUUGAGAAGUGCCCAACCAGUGAGAGUGUUAAUUAUAUAAGACGUCCAACACCAACUGGAGGGACAUCUGGACUGUGUUUUAAGAAGCUGAAUAUAACCACACAUUCCUAUAAGAUUCUCAUUAAUCGGCUGGACAGAAAGGUUUCAGUAAACUUCAUAAAUGCAAGGCUUCCAUUCUCACGUCAGAAUCUGCACAUUGACGACACAGGCACCAUGUAUUUAAUCAACACCCCCGGGGGGGUCAGCAUCCAGUGGUACCACAGCACUGGCAUCAUGGUCCUCCAGUACAGCCCCCCUUUCAACACUACUGGAGGAACUCAGGGCCUGUGUGGAUGCUGUGAUGGAAACCCAGCUGAUGACCUGAAGCUUCCCAAUGGGACUAUCAUUAAAAAUGUGGAAGAUAUCCCUGUCUUCUUGUACAGCUGGAUGGUCGAUACCUCAGAGGAAACAGACUACUUCAGGAGAGUGGGAGAUAACUGCACCACUGGCAACUGCACUAAAUGCUUCCAGAUGUUGAAUCAGAAUCCUUUCACUGUGUGCCAUAAAAAAGUUUCACCAGAGCAGUUUUGUGAUAAGAUCUGGGCUGGAGAUCUUCAUUACAAAGAUCAUGAAUGUGAUUUCCUCGCUGCUUAUGUGGCAAUCUGUUACACUCACAACCUCUGUAUCAACUGGAGAACACCAGAGUUUUGUCCACUGAAGUGUCCUCCAGGAAAGGAGUACCAUCCUUGCGUAAGCACCUGUAAGACAAAGACGUGUCAAAACCGAGAAUACUACGAGGAAUCCACCUGUUCCUAUAUAAGAGAGGAGUGUGUGUGUAAAAGUGGGACCAUCCUUCACCGAGCAGACUCAGCUUUCUGUGUCACAGAGGAACAGUGUGUGUGCACUGACAAUGAAGGACGUCCCAGGGCACCGGGGGAGGUGUGGAAUGGCUCUAACAAAGGCUGCUGUAUGUACAAGUGUAUGGAGAACGGGAGCAUUAUUGCAGUGGAGCCAGACUGCAGUGAAGUGCCCUUGCCCAUCUGUGAAAGAGAGGGAGAGUAUGUAUUAGAUGUUAUCGAAGAAGGAGCAUGCUGUCGAAAGAAAAUGUGUGAGUGCAAUUUAACAAUCUGUGACAAUGAGGUUCCUGCCUGUGAAAAUGGAAAUAAACUUGUGAUCGGAUACAGCACCAUUUCCUGCUGCCCAGAGUACAGAUGUGAAUGUGAUACCAUGGCUUGUCCAACUGUGGUCCCCCAUGAAUGCAGAGAAGACCAAUUCCUGGUUGAAGUCAGAGAAGACAAAUCCUGUUGCUAUUCCUUUCUCUGUGUAUGCGAGUCCUGCAUUGAACCAAUUCCCUCAUGCAACGAUGGCGAAAUUCUUGCAGUUGAUCUCAAUUCCACUCAGCGUUGCUGUCCUCAAUAUCACUGUGUCUGUGAUGUGAAUCUGUGUCCAGUAGCUAAUAUAGAAUGCACUCAUGGAACUGUUCUGGUGAAGGAGAAUGUCCCUGCACAGUGCUGCCCAGAAUGGAAAUGCGAAUGCAGCUGCCAAAAUAGUUCUGUCCCGUUUUGUCAGGUGGGAGAGAUUCAAGUUGAGGAUCCUAAUUUUACCAGUAUCUGUGGCUGCACUCAGUACUUUUGCAAGAAGGCAGAUGUGUGCCUGUUUCAGGGAGUCACCGUGCUGAGCCCAGGCCAGUCCAUGGUCCAAUACUUUGAAGGGGACCUCUGUUACACAGUGCAGUGCUUACAAGCAAUAGAUAUUGCCACGGGUUUCCAUGCUAUGGACGUGUUCACUGUUAACUGCUCGGAAAAAUGCGGCGCUCACCAGGUGUAUGUACCGUCUUCAGAUCCUCACAUAUGUUGUGGUGGUUGCAAGAAUGUUUCCUGCACUUUCGCCAGUGAGAAUGGUACAGUUGACUUUUACAGGGUAGGGAGUACAUGGGUUUCAAACUGCACUAGAUAUGACUGUGUGGAGACAGCAGUUGGGGCUGUGGUACUUGGCUCAGGGGUUGUCUGCCCACCUUUCAAUGAGUCUGAAUGUAUACAGAAUGGGGGCAAUGUACAGAGCUACAUCGAUGGCUGUUGCAAGACCUGUAAAGAGGACGGUAGAGCCUGCAAAAGAGUGACAAUCAGAACGACAAUCAGGAAAGAUGACUGCAGGAGCAGUGCACCGAUAACUGUAUACUCCUGUGAUGGGAAAUGUCCUUCAGCAACCAUUUUCAAUUUCAACAUAAACAGCCACGCGAGGUUCUGCAAGUGCUGCAGGGAGAGUGGGCUCCAGAAUCGCACUGUGCAGCUCUACUGCACUAGAAACAGCACUUUUGUUGACUAUGUGUUCCAGGAGCCCAUGGAUUGUUCUUGUCAGUGGAAUUAGUCUUGCAAAACGAUUAUUUUUUCAGGAGAUUGAGAAUUGCUGAGGCACUUACUGUUGCUCAGCCCUUAUUUUAUCUGGGAUCAAGUACUACAAUGUUACUAAUUACACACUUACAGUAGAUCUUCAAAUAUAUAUAUAUAUUUAGCCAGUCACUAAGUUAUGGGUAGUAUUUUUUUUACUCGUAGUAAAAUUCUCUAAUUUUAAAUUGAUUUGUUUUGCUAGUAUUAUCAUUGUCAAUAAUACCGCAGAUGCCAAAUAUUUUUUUAAAAUAUACUUAAUUGCUAUUGGGUGUAUUUUUAAAUGACUUGUAAAAAACUGAUCUGCAGCUCUAUUCUACAGCCCUAUGAUAUACUGUACUACAAUAUUACUCUUCCACAAUGAUGUUUCUGCAAUCCUUCUAUUGGUGUUUCACACAUUCUUUCAAUAAAAGUCUUCCAAUGAA